AAAACUAAUGUGAAUUUGAAUACCAAAUGAACUUUGUUCUUUUUUGCUAAAAACACAUUUCUGAAACAGCAUUCAGGUCUCUACAAAUUCGCAUUAGUUUUAGUUUUUAUCGACAUAUCUUGAGCCCUAAAUAACAAGUUUUCUCAAUGUCGUACCUUUCUCACGAAAAGUAGAGUUUUCUGUCGAAACUGACGAGGAAACUACUCCAACUGAUCCAGCGCUUUCGAUUCCAUAUUUUGGUCAUAGGUAGACCUUGUUGAGACUAAGAAAACUCUAAAAGUGUUUAUGCCCAUGGCUCUUGAAGAUCCGGUUUUAUAGUUAUAGAAUUUACAAGAAAAGCCCUAAAUUAAUUUCUUAUUUCUGUAGCUUUGAGCUGACACGAAAAAAUAAAAACCAACAAAAAAUGUCGAAAUACACAUCAUUCGACUGAGUUUUCAAUGCUGAUUCCUAAUAUGAUAUUUGUAUUGCAUACUGGUGAGCUCUGAUCCAGAAAAUGGAGAAGUACUUCUGAUUAAGAAAAAAUGAAUAUUCCGGGUGACAAAACCAAAUAGAAAAACCGUGAUACCUUCUUUUAAAACUAGUUUGAUGGCGGUUCGAAUGAAGUAUAAAGACCGACUACAUCUCUUCGCAACUAGUCAACGUUUUUACUAACACCGGAAAAUGAAAAUUCUUUUGCUCGCUGCUUCAGCCAAGAAUUUUUCUACUGCUCAGACUCAGAUGUCUAAUAAAACAGUUUUUUAAUGUGCGCAUUAAACGCAAUAGAAUGCACGUUGGAUAAAAUUAAUUUAAAGGUUAAAAACUGACUUGUCCAAGUACCUGAAGCAAGUUAAGUAACGAUACUUGGCAAGCUCUUGAUCAAGUACUUGCCAAGUGCUUAACUUGUCACGUACUUCCCAAGCACUCAUCAAGUAAUCAAGUACAUUCACUAGGAUCAAUAACGACAUUAUAUGGCUAUUGAGAAUGCGUCAGUGGGCAGGCUGAAUCCACAUUUAUCUUUAUACAAUUCCCUAAAAAACAUAUAACUUAUACGAACUUGAAGUUCUAAAAUAAUCAGUUCCUGUUUAAUGGCGCUAACAUCACUUCUCUUCCUCUACAUUAAGUAAACUUAACGACAUUCACGUAGAAUUAAUAACGUUUUUGCGAGUUGUAAUACGUAGGGGUUUUGAACCAGAAAUGUUCUUGUUUUCAAUAUCAUCUGUAUGUGUAUCUCCAGUGCUGUCAUCUACUCGUUUUUUCAUUAGAAUCUAAUCCACUAAUCGAAAGCGAGCCGUAUGACUCAUGAUCGCUCGCUCGUUAAUUUUGAAGUAUAUGAGUAUUUUUGAAACAGAGCAUAUUUGAUACGAUUGCUUUCUUGCAUUUAGUCAUGCACUUCUUCUAUAUUGUAUGCAACAUUAGUAUAUGUUCUGUAUAUUUAAAGAUUGAAGGUUCACUCUAGUCUACAUUUUGUCAAACAAUGUGUACUGUUACGUGAACAUUUUGAAAUGUAUUUUUUACGCUUUAUUCUCUAGUGAUCUAACGGUCAGAGGAUGCCGUUGCUACGGCCUUAGACGUUUUUUUUCGGCAGUUUUUCUUUGCCUUACAUUACAUUGCAAAAGACUUGUAAUCAAUAAUUAUCCAUUCAAAAUAAAAUUUGAGUUUGGUUUCGUCUAAAUGCACUUAGACUAUAUUAGGGACUUGAAUGAAUGCAGUAUGUGUGCACUUAUUCAAAUCACUAAUACAGUCUAAGUGCAUUUAGACGAAACCAAGCUCAAAUUUUAUUUUGAAUGGAUAAUUAUUGAUUACAAGUCAAUUACAUAGUGAUAUUACUGGCAAUCUAUGAGAAAAUCAUCUGAACUAGUAGUACAACCUUUUGAUAAAUCACAGCCAUUGAAUUUUUAUUUAAUUAAAAUAAUUAAAAUCUUUUAUUUUAAACAUUCUAACGAUUUAAUUAUUUGAACUAAAUAAAAAUUGAAUCGCUGCGAUUAAUCAAAAACUUGUACUGCUCAAUCUUUUGGCUCUUAAUGGUUUUGAUUUACCUGAACUAGUAUUUUUGAUAAGAUUUCUGAACCAAGUGGAAGAACCAUUUUGCUCUAAAAUGGGCGAAACGGUAUCAAUAAAAACUAUCGGCGAGAAGCGUUAAUGGAACAUUUUCCAGGUUACAUUCUAAAAUUUGAAGCUAUCUUAGCAUUGUUAAUCUGAGUGAAAUCUGAUCUUUGUAGAUUCUGGUGUUGGGAAAAGAAUAAAAGAAGCGUUAUGCCGUUUUUUCAGAAACAAAUUACUGUUAAAUAAGUGUAAAUUAAAAAAAUAAGAAAGUAAAGAUUGCGGUCUCGUAGAGACCACUCUCGGUUCGUUCAAUACAAAAAUUCUUGAAUCUAAAUCAGUUUUUUUUCGUGUUUAUUUUAUUUAUAAUCUGUAUAUUAACAAUUAUUAGUCGACGAUAAUCAAUCGGUAACGAAUACUUAUCGUGCGUGUUGUCAACAUACAUCCUUUCUUAUAUUUUGCUCUGUGUUGUGCGGUGAAUUAUCCUUUCCACUUCCAAAUCUUGUUUGUUUUCAUUUUACCGUUAGCCAGUCGCUAAUAUUAUUUUUCAGAGUUUGAUCAUCGUUUUAUAUCUUCAUUUUUCUUUUAUUAACGUAAUGUGUAAACGAUAAAAACUUUGACGUUGUUCAAAGUUUAAAAAUUCGUAGAGUAUGACCACAAUUACAGAAUAUUUAUUUAUGUUGAGCACAUAAUUUUAACUGGUAGCUAUUCACUGCAUGUCAAACUAUUCGGAGUAUUGAAUAUUCUUAAAUUGUACAAUUGUGACUUCUUAGAGUCAUUCUUUUUUUCUUUUACUAAACAAUAAUUCGAGCGCGAUCAAAGCGCCGUAAAUGCAACGAUGAGAUGUUACACUUUUUUUUGAUUUACUAGAGAUGCUAUGGCAAAAGAUUUUUGUAGGUUUCUUAAAUUAUGAUGAUCAUUUUUAAUCUCAUUUUAGAUGUCUUGGUACUGGCAUGAAUUAUCACUGGAAACGUCAUCAUAGCUCUGAAAGCUUCGAAGAGGAUAGUGACAACGUUCAAUUAACAGUAUUACGUCAACACUGGAAACAAAUUUUACAAAUAUUCAAUAAAUCGUUAAUCGAUCAAGAUGAUACUACAUGUGUUAUUAAUCAUUUUCAAUAUAUGGUACAAUUACUUACCGAUGAAGUCUGUACAGAAGAACGUCCUGGACCCGUUCUAUUACAUUUUGUGUCUGAAUCAAUAUUUGACACAUUUUUUAUUUGGUCAUUAAGUUGUCCUGAAUAUGCACAUGAAUUAAAAUAUCAUCAAUUACGAUUUUUUGAAUAUUUAUUAAGUCGUUCAAGACAUGAACUUUUAUUUCAUAAACAAAUAUUUAAACCAUUAUUAAAUUUAUUGAAAUCUUGUGAGUCAUCAUCAUGCAUUGAUUUAAUCGAAAAACAUAUGAUCGUUGUACUAAAUCAAGUUUGUGUUAGUAUAACAAAAAAUACAUCAUUGUUAGAAUUAUGUUUUGAUAUUAGUGCAGAACAAGGUCCAGCUAGAUUUAUUAUAUUUUCAUUAUUAAUUCCAUUUGUUCAUCGAGCUGAAUUAACAGGACAACAAGCAAGAGAUGCACUUUUACUUAUUAUGCAAUUGUCAAAUAGAAAUGAACAUAUUGCCAAAUAUAUUGUGGAAAAUACAAGUUUUUGUCCAAUCUUGGCUACUGGAUUAAGUGCAUUAUACUCAGAUUUACCACAUCGUCUACCAUUGUAUAGUGAUGAUUGGUAUCAUUUAACGAAAAAAGAAUGGUCUGAAAUGCCAUCAUUAGUCCAAUUUAUGAAUUCAUUACAAUUUUGUAAUGAUGUUAUACAAAUUGCCCAUCCAUCAAUUGGUCAUCAUUUAAUACAAUAUGUUUAUCAUGGAUUUCUUGUUCCCGUACUUGGACCAGCUAUUCAUCAAAACACAAUGGAUGAAGUUGUUGCAGCAACAGCUUAUCUUGAUUUAUUUUUACGUACAAUUAGUGAACCAGCUUUAUUAAGAGUAUUUUUACGAUUUAUUCUUUGUGCACGAAUUGAUGAAAUAAGUCUUUUGGAUACUUUAAUACAAAGAAUAAAUAAUAAUACUAAAUUAUCUGUUGUUUCACUCGCUUUAUUUUUUACGUUAAUUAAUCUCAAUUGUGAAGAUGUGAUGUAUCGUCUUAUAUUUAUGUAUCUUAUUCCAUGCCGUCAUGUUAUGUGUAGUCAAAAACGAUAUAUUGGCGAUAUGGAAAUUUAUGGAAAGAAUGUCGAACGAUUUUUAUCAUUAAGACCAUCAUUUCUAAAUAAGAACAACUUAGCUGAUUCAACAUCAAAUGAACAGUCAAAGCAGCAACAACGAGUAUGUUUUGAUAAUACAUCAUACGAACGAUAUGAAUGUUCCCUUAGUGCUUACUUAGAAGAUGCUCAUUUUUCAAUUUUACGUUGUCGAAUUGCUUGUCGACAAUGGUCAGCUCCCUAUGAUGGAGAAAAUCCAUCACCCGAUUCGAUUAUUGGCGAUUCUGAUUUAAUUUCAUUAGCUAGUAGUAUAUCAUCCUUAACAGAUAAUACUAAUCAAAGUAGUUCAAAUAAAAAAUUAUCUAGAUUAGAUCAUGAUUUAACAAAAUCGACAACAAUGAUGACUAAAAAUGUGACAUCAUCAAAUGAUUCGGGUAUUCAUGAAGAUGGUUUAGAUACAUUAUCACAAACUGAAGUACAAGCAUCUGUAAGGGCAACAAUCGAUAAUAAUAAUACAAUUACUACUGAAAAUUCAAAUAAAAAUGAAGAAGUUGUUGUUAAUGAAUUUCAAUUACCCUCAUGGUUGGCAAAUGGUGAACCCGUCCCAGAUGAAUUAUUGAAAAAUUAUGCACAUAAAAACGCUAAAGAAUCUUUUUAUCAUCAAAAUUCUCAGAAACAUUAUAUAUAUGAUACGGGCGAUAAUGAAGAUAAUGAAGAAUAUUACAGUAAUUACUAUUCAUUUUCAUAUGUUGGAGAUUUAUCAAAUAAUGAUGAUACAUCAUCAACAAAAUCUUCAAUUACACCAUUAAAUGCACAUAUGUCGGAUAGUAUUAAAACAUGUGUCGAUACACUAAAUGGAUGUUUAGACACAUUUAUUACGAUGAACGAACGUUUUACAUCAUCUAUUAAUAAAUUUUCAGAAAUACAAACAAUUACUGAUGAACUGUCAGAUAAUAAUAUUGAUGAAAAUAUCAUAAGGACUUUGAUAAAUGAACUUCUUGAUACUAUAGAUGAACUAAAUAUAAAAAAAGAAGUAGUAAACGAUUGUGUACUAGAACAGGAAAAAGAUAUUUUAACACAAAAAUUACCAGCAUUAAUAUUAGAUAAUUCUCUACUCUCUGAAAUAUGUUCAAAAGCAACAAGUUCCUAUUCGUUACAUGAUUUUUUAACUGUACUUGAUCAAUCUAUUGAUCUAAACGGUAGUAGUCAUUUUAUAUCAUCUAAAGCACUACAAUAUGCUGAAGAACUUAUUUGUGAUAUUAUUCAUCUAUCAGAUGAAAUUGAAAAACAAAAAACAUUAAAUGGAAAUGUUGAUUAUAAACAUCAGCAAACUGAUGAUCAAUUAUUAUUAACAUUACCUACAGAUACAAAUGGUGGUAUUAAUCCAUUUCUAUCGACUACACAAUCAAAUUAUUCAAUGUAUUCGUUACUUCAACAAUCAGUCAGUAUGGAUUUAUCUCAAAUACAAUUUAUUAAUGAUAAUAAUAAUCAAACAACAGCAAAUAAUACAUCAACAAUUGUCACCAGUACAAUGCAAACCCAACAGCAAAUAGGAAUUGGAAAAUUAUCUGAUGUUGGACCAUUUCUACGAACAAUAUUUAUUAAAUUGGAAAACAUGUUACAAAACUCGUUAUAUGUCAAUUUACUUUUAACCGGUAUUAUAGCUCGAUUAGCUUACUAUUCUCAACCAUUGUUAAGAUCAUUAUUGCUCAAUCAUAGUCUUGUUCUUGAAACAAAUGUCAAAUCGUUAUUUCAAAUAUUAUCAAAUUUAAAAUCAAAACUUGAAUCAACAUCUCAAACGUUUAAUGAUUUUUCUUAUCUCGUUGAACAAGCACAUGAUUGUUUAUAUAAAAGAGAAACAAGUGCUAAAGAAUUUGAAGAUUUACAAAGGCGUACACGAUCAAAAUCAGCUGAUCCAUUAAAAGAACGUGGAUCACGUCGAAGUCGUAUACUUGAUUUUUUCCGUCGUGGUCGACCAAAUGACAAAUCUGGAGGAAAACCUUUGUUGGAUCAAUCACAUGUCACAUUAGUAAAUAAAGCAGCAAUGAAAUUCGUUAAUGUUCGUGAUGUAGUAUUAUCAUCAGCCAAUACAUCAUCAACAACCACGAACGAAUGGGAUGAUCCAAAAACGAGAAAUGUUGCUUAUUGUGCUGUGAUAUUCAAUGAAUUUUUGAAAGAAUUGGCAGCUAUUGCUCAAGAACAUGCUGUUCAGCAGUUUGAUGAUGGCUCAUUUUGUUUCACAUUUUGA